AUGGCCACUGAAGAUAUAGCCAUUGGAACUGCCGGCAACCCGGAGGUAGCUCAGAAUGUUACUCAUGAUGCCGAUUACCAAGAAGCAAGCACAGUUCCUGAUCUUCCUUCCGGCUGGAAGUAUAGACAAGUUCGGAUAUUUGGAAUGAGACUUCCAUGGUACGCAUCGCCUAAAACUCAACUACUAUUUGUCUCGUUCGUUUGCUUUAUGUGUCCUGGCAUGUUUAACGCAUUGAACGGGAUGGGAGGUGGUGGACGGACAGAUGCGACAUUGGCAGACAAUAUGAACACCGCCUUGUAUAGUGCAUUCGCCGUCUUCGGUAUCUUCGGUGGUACAUUCGUCAAUAAGCUCGGAGUGAAAUGGACACUCGCCUUCGGAGGAAUAGGAUACUGCAUCUACGCAAUUAGUCUCCUCGUCUCUCUCCACGCCAGCGUAAGCGGCUUCAAUCUCUUCGCCGGUGCCUUCCUCGGAAUCUGCGCUGGACUCCUCUGGACCGCCCAGGGAACUAUCAUGAUCUCCUAUCCAUCCGAAGAAGAGAAAGGGAAGUACUUUGCUUGGUUCUGGGGAAUUUUCAAUAUGGGCGCGGUGAUCGGUAGUUUGAUCCCUCUAGGUCAAAACAUUAAUGUGACAACCAACGCCACCGUCUCAGAUGGUACCUACAUUGGUUUUAUCGUCCUCAUGGCUUUUGGUGCUGUUCUCGCCGUCUGCCUUUGCAAUGCAAACGACAUCGUUCGACCCGAUGGAUCUCGCGUUAUCCUAAUGAAGAACCCAAGUUGGCAAUCUGAACUCAAGGGAUUAUGGGAAACACUACGCUUCGAGCCAUUUGUUGUCCUUCUUUUCCCGAUGUUCUUCUCCUCAAACUGGUUCUACGUCUACCAGCAGAACGCUGUCAAUAGCGCCCACUUCACAACUCGUACCAAAGCAUUGAAUGGUCUUCUCUACUGGCUUGCGCAAAUCGUCGCAGCAGGUAUCUGGGGAAAUUUACUCGAUAUGACGCGCCUGCGACGCUCCGUUCGUGCAAAGAUUAACUGGGGUGUACUUGUUGUGCUUACGUUUGCCAUUUAUGGUGGUGGAUAUGCGUACGAGAAAACCUAUACACGAGCAUCCGUGAAAGCAGUGGGAUUCGAGGCAACGGACUGGACUUCGAGUGGAUAUGUGGGGCCGAUGUUUUUGUAUAUCUUCUAUGGGUUUUAUGAUGCGGCUUGGCAGGCUAGUAUCUACUGGUUCAUGGGAGCUCUCUCGAACUCAGGACGACGGUCUGCAAACUAUGUUGGAUUUUAUAAGGGAAUCCAGUCUGUUGGAGCUGCGGUCAGCAAUAAUCUUGACGCGCGGUCGCUUUCAUAUAAGAAAGAGUUCAUCAGUAACUGGGUUCUUCUGGCUGGAUCUUUGAUUUUCGCGGCUCCUGUUAUCUUUAUGAAGAUUAGAGAUCAUGUUGCCGUGGAGGAUGAUCUUGCUGGGACGGAUGAGACGAUUGCUGAUGUCUUACCGGCCGAUCACCCUGAGAAACUGGGAGCAUGA